CUGCGCCCACAACCUCCGCCUGCGCCGAGCCCCCCGGAGCCAGAGCGCCGCGAAGGGGCGCCGCCGGCCCCUCCCCGGCGCGCUGACAGCAGGCUCUGGUCCCCCGCCCCGUGCCCUCGCUGGCGGGACACACCCCCGGCCCUCCUCUGCUCGCCAGUUCCCGCCGGACCCACCGGGCGGCGGAGAGAGCAGGCGGGCGAGCCGGAGCCGGGCGGCUGCAGCGGCGGCGCGGGAGGGAAGGGGCGCGAGGCAGGCCCACCGGGAGCCUCCCGGGGCGCAGGGAGCCCGCGUGCCCUCCGGGACCGUCGCCUGCCCCGGGGCCGUGCCUGUGGGUGCCGGAAGCCCCGGCAGCGAUCGGCGCGCCGGGCCGGGGUGGCGGGUGGCGGCGGGGACCCGGGCAGCAGGAGCCGGAGUCGGGAUGAGAAGGUGACGCCGCCGGGGGGCGCCACUCGCUUUGUGGGGAAGAUGCUCGCCUACUGCGUGCAAGAUGCCACCGUGGUGGACGUGGAGAAGCGGAGGAACCCCUCCAAGCACUAUGUAUACAUUAUCAACGUGACCUGGUCCGACUCUACCUCUCAGACCAUCUACCGGAGGUACAGCAAGUUCUUUGACCUGCAGAUGCAGCUUCUGGAUAAAUUUCCCAUUGAAGGUGGCCAGAAGGACCCCAAGCAAAGGAUCAUACCCUUCCUUCCAGGCAAGAUCCUCUUCCGGAGAAGCCACAUUCGGGACGUAGCUGUGAAGAGACUGAAGCCCAUCGAUGAAUACUGCCGGGCGCUUGUCCGGCUCCCUCCCCACAUUUCACAGUGUGAUGAAGUCUUCCGGUUCUUCGAGGCCCGACCUGAGGAUGUCAACCCCCCAAAAGAGGAUUAUGGCAGUUCCAGGAGGAAAUCAGUGUGGCUAUCCAGCUGGACUGAGUCUCCCAAGAAGGACUCGACAGGUGCCGACACCAACGCCGAGCCCAUGAUCCUGGAACAGUAUGUGGUGGUGUCCAACUAUAAGAAGCAGGAGAACUCAGAGCUGAGCCUCCAGGCCGGGGAGGUGGUGGAUGUCAUCGAGAAGAACGAGAGCGGAUGGUGGUUUGUGAGUACCUCUGAGGAGCAGGGCUGGGUCCCUGCCACCUACCUGGAGGCCCAGAAUGGCACUCGAGAUGACUCAGACAUCAACACCUCCAAGACCGGGGAAGUGUCCAAGAGACGCAAGGCCCAUCUGCGGCGCCUGGAUCGCCGGUGGACCCUGGGCGGGAUGGUCAACAGGCAGCACAGCCGAGAGGAGAAGUAUGUCACCAUUCAGCCUUAUACCAGCCAAAGCAAGGACGAGAUUGGCUUUGAGAAGGGUGUCACCGUGGAGGUGAUCCGGAAGAAUUUGGAGGGCUGGUGGUACAUCAGAUACCUGGGCAAAGAGGGCUGGGCACCGGCAUCCUACCUAAAGAAGGCCAAGGAUGACCUGCCAACCAGGAAAAAGAAUCUGGCGGGCCCGGUGGAGAUCAUUGGGAACAUCAUGGAGAUCAGCAACCUGCUAAACAAGAAGACGUCUGGGGACAAGGAAACUCCACCAGCUGAAAGCGAAGGCUCUGAGGCCCCCAUUGCCAAAAAGGAGAUCAGUCUGCCAAUCCUGUGCAAUGCUUCCAAUGGCAGUGCCCUGGGCGUCCCCGAGAGGACCGUCUCCAAACUGGCCCAGGGCUCUCCAGCUGUGGCCAGGAUUGCCCCUCAGAGGGCCCAGAUCAGCUCCCCAAACCUAAGGACAAGACCUCCACCACGCCGAGAAUCCAGCUUGGGGUUCCAGCUGCCGAAGCCACCAGAGCCCCCUUCCGUCGAGGUGGAGUACUACACCAUUGCUGAGUUCCAGUCGUGCAUCUCUGACGGGAUCAGCUUCCGAGGUGGACAGAAAGCAGAGGUCAUUGACAAGAACUCGGGUGGCUGGUGGUAUGUGCAGAUCGGUGAGAAGGAGGGCUGGGCCCCCGCGUCAUACAUCGAUAAGCGCAAGAAGCCCAACCUGAGCCGCCGCACCAGCACACUGACGCGGCCCAAGGUCCCACCUCCGGCACCCCCCAGCAAGCCUAAGGAGACUGAGGAGGGUCCUGUGGGUGCCAGCGAGAGUCAGGACUCCCCGCUGAAGCUCAAGUAUGAGGAACCUGAGUAUGACAUCCCCGCCUUUGGCUUUGACUCCGAGCCAGAGCUGAGCGAGGAGCCCCCAGAGGACAGAGGCUCGGGAGACCGGAAGCCUGCCCAGCCCCGGAGGCCCUCGCCUGCCUCCUCCCUGCAGCGGGCCCGCUUCAAGGUGGGUGAGUCUUCAGAAGACGUGGCCCUGGAAGAGGAGACCAUCUAUGAGAAUGAGGGCUUCCGGCCUUAUGCAGAGGACACCCUGUCGACCAGAGGCUCCUCUGGGGACAGUGACUCCCCAGGGGGCUCCUCACUGUCCCUUGCCAGGAAGAACUCCCCCAAGUCAGGCUCCCCCAAGUCAGCCUCGCUCCUAAAGCUCAAGGCAGAGAAGAAUGCCCAGGCAGAACUGGGGAAGAACCGCUCUUCGGCCUCCUUUUCUUCCUCCAUCACCAUCAACACCACCUGCUCCUCCUCUUCCUCCUCCUCUUCCUCCUCCCUGUCAAAGAACAGCGGUGACCUGAAACCCCGCUCUGCCUCGGACGCAGGCAUCCGUGGCACUCCCAAGGUCGGGGCCAAGAAGGACGCUGAUGUGAGGGCUGGGCUGACCUCCUGUGCGCGGGCCAAGCCAUCUGUCCGGCCUAAGCCCUUCCUGAACCGAGCAGAAUCACAGAGUCAAGAGAAGAUGGACAUCAGCACUUUACGACGCCAACUGAGACCCACCGGCCAGCUCCGGGGGGGCCUCAAGGGCUCUAGGAGUGAGGAUUCAGAGCUGCCCCCGCACACAGCCUCUGAGGGGCCUCAUGAGGGGGCCAGGAGAGGCUCAGCUGACAUCAUCACCCUCCCGGCCACCGCUCUCCCAUGUCCCCCCAAGAAGGAGUGGGAAGGGCCGGCCACCUCCUACGUGACAUGUAGCGCCUACCAGAAGGUCCAGGACUCGGAGAUCAGUUUCCCUGCAGGUGUGGAGGUGCAGGUGCUGGAGAAGCAGGAGAGUGGCUGGUGGUAUGUGAGGUUUGGGGAGCUGGAGGGCUGGGCCCCUUCCCACUAUCUGGUGCCCGAUGAGAACGAGCAGCCCAACACCCCUGGCAAGGAGCAGGAUGCGCUCAAGAGCAGGCAGAACGAGGGCAAGUCAGACAGCCUGGAGAAGAUCGAGAAGCGGGUGCAGGCGCUCAACACCGUCAACCAGAGCAAGAGGGCCACGCCACCCAUCCCCUCCAAGCCCCCCGGGGGCUUCGGCAAGACGUCAGGCGCUGCGGCGGUGAAGAUGAGAAACGGCGUGCGGCAGGUGGCCGUCAGGCCCCAGUCGGUGUUCGUGUCCCCGCCACCCAAAGACAACAACCUGUCCUGCGCCCUGCGGAGGAACGAGUCGCUCACGGCCACUGACGGCCUGCGAGGUGUCCGCCGGAACUCCUCCUUCAGCACAGCGCGCCCAGCGGCUGCAGAGGUCAAGGGCCGCCUGGCGGAGCGGGCUGCCAGCCAGGGCUCGGACUCGCCCCUGCUGCCCACCCAGCGCAAUGGCAUCCCUGUGUCCCCCGUGCGCCCCAAGCCCAUCGAGAGGUCCCAGUUCAUCCAUAAUAACCUCAAAGACGUGUACGUCUCUAUUGCAGACUACGAGGGGGACGAGGAGACCGCGGGCUUCCAGGAGGGGGUGUCCAUGGAGGUACUGGAGAGGAACCCCAAUGGCUGGUGGUACUGCCAGAUCCUGGAUGAGGUGAAGCCCUUCAAAGGCUGGGUGCCCUCCAACUACCUUGAGAAAAAGAACUAACCGAGGCUGUACGGUCCCUCCAGCCUCAGUGUGCCACUGUAGCCGCCACUGGAUGAGCAGUGACGUGCAGACUAAAGGGGAAGGACAAAAUGGGAGGGGUGGGGGAGGACAACAUUAAACCCUGCAGGUGCGUGACCUCGAAGAUGCCCUGCCUCCCAGCUGUCGCCUGGAAGGGAGGAUCCAUUGAGUAGGGAAGGGAAUGGCCUGGAACCCAGAGAUGAGAAAGCUGGGAUCUGUCAUGUGCACCUUGGUGGCUUCCCUGAUGGACUACAUGUCAUUUGGGAUAGGCCAUGUGGGAAACCCCAAUUGUGCCUUUGCUGCAGAUCUGGAAAAGAUGUGGUCAUAGGGGACCUCCAGCAUCCUGCCCAUUUGACUUCUUUUGGUGGCUACCAUCCUGCCACCAGAGGUAGCCCUUGUAUUGUCCUUGUCUGUGUUUGUGGAUUGUGCUGUUCCCUGGGGAUUGCCACCGCCCACCAUGGCUGGGUGCCUAUGAAGAUCCCACGGCCCUGGGGCUUGGAGUUGCCUCACCUGAGCUCAUAGCUCUCCCUGGGCCAGGCCACUGUCGGGUGCCAGUAAGAACCACCUUAGCUGUCAUUGCCCUGGCCUUGAGAAGAGAGCCCGCCCUCCCUGGGGCUACCCUGGAGGACACCAUGCCAGAGUUUAGAGAGGGCGGGGGAAGCCAUCAGGCUCCCCACCGUCAGCACAGACUACUUGGGGUAUUUCUGGGCGAGUGGUUCCUUUGCAUGUUUCAGGAUAGGUUUGUUGAUUUGGGGUUUAUAUGUCAGGCCUUCGAUUUGGGUCUUAUUUUAGGGGUUGUUUGGGCGCCCUGGGGGGUCAGCCUCACAUGGGAAAAGAAGGGGUGGAGGGUGGGCUUUUCUGUUGUACUCUGCGGAGGGGUGUUUUGUUUUGUAUUUGGUUUCCCAUUCUUCCCCCUCCAUAAGCCAAGUCGUUUCGUUUGGUUUCCACUGUGUGGACUUUGCCUGCGCGGCAUUGCCGGAGGGAUUUGGGGUUGGGUAAGCCCAGGCCCCAGUCUCGGCAAAACAGAGAAACUGUCCUGGUUCCUGCCCAGCCCCGGUGGGGCAAAACACCCUCCCCAGGAGGGAGAAAGGUAUUAUUAGGAGCCAGACCUUUGGAGAGAAGGCAGCACCCAGGCCGCUGGGUGGCUGCCAUUCUGUGUAUGUUCUCCCACCGGGGCAGGGCCAAAGCCUUACAGAGAACUGUGGAGAAGCAGCCGUGGCCCCCACCCUGGGUGGAGGGGACCCCAGCCAGGCGCCCUGGGUCAGACCGGAGCAGACAUCACCAGCCACUCCUCUGGCCUGCUGGCAAUGCCGCGGUUGCCCAAAAAGAAGGAGGACCCCUGUGCCUGGAGCCAGUCUGGUCUUCCUGAGGGGCAGUGCCCCAGUGAAGAGAGAAGCAAGAGAGUGAUGUCCCCUGCAGGUCUUCUGUCCGCUUUGGGUUGUUUUUCCGCUGUUGAUAUUUCAGAGGGACUCUCCAGAAAGAAGCCCAGCCAGCUUCUCCAAGGACUCACCCUGUGUUGGGAGUGGAUUUCCGCACGUGCCUUUGAUUUCAGACAGAUCAGGCUUCACAGCCACCGAAUGAGCUGCCAGCAUCACUGGACCAAGGGGCUGCUGUUUCCCAGAGGAGGGAAGCCCUGCCCUUACCUGCUCUCCAGCAGGCCUUCACCCUCUCACCCCUCCCUCCAGGAUCCCAGCGGCCUUGCCUGGGAUCCGAGUCCUUGUCCCUCGCCACACUGAUCCUGGCAGCUGUAGCUAACUGCUCGCGUUCUUUGUCAAAGGGCCGUGGUGAGAUGGUUUUGUUUCCUUUUGUUUUAUUUGUGAGUUUGUUUAAAAUCAAAAUUAGAUAUUUUCUUCUGCUGGACAGUAUUAAGUAGAGCAGGAUGUUGAGUUAAUCUGCUAGAUUGCAGCACUAAUGGUAGUGGAUUAGUGUCUUCAUAUUAAUAUUAUUUUUACUUAUUUGAACAAUAAUGAUAAAGAAGUGGUUCAUUAUUUCUUAAUUAAUGCACUUUAAGGUGGAAUGGAAAGAAACCCAGAGAGCAAAGUGCAUUACUUAAAGAUGCAGUAUAUACUUUUCUCAUUUUUAAACAGCACAUAUUUAUUAAAGAAAAAAAAAGUAAUUUAUGAUUAUUUAAAAUAAAAUUUAAAAGUAGAGUGUCUGUCGGGUUAAAGGACCUUCCACAUAGCUGCCUUCCGGGGGAGGGCCCGCGGCCUCGUUCCGCAGAUGUCUGCUCUGAGCCAGUUGAAUCAUGAGCACGCCGGCCAGGCCAGGAGGGAGCACAGCACGUGGUGGCUGCCAAGUACAGAGCAUCUCAGUCGGACUGGACCACAGUGCUCCCCAGAGCCUGCCUCCCCUGCCCUCCUGCCCCACGUGCGCAUCCGCCCCGUCAGGCUCUCUACCAGCCCCUCAAGGACUGCCUCUCCUUGAUUUCCAGUACUCUGAAGCCAUAGAGACAUUAAAAGGCAGGGCUGGAAAGGACCCUGGAGGUCACUCCAUCCCACCCCUUCCUGUUACUGCAGCCCAAGGACUUUCCCAAAAUCACACAGCUAGUUAGUGGCAGACUUUCCCCACUGCAUUAAUCCUGUGUCCUUCCCCACCCCCAUUAUAGCUUAUUCUGUGGUCGUCAUGUUUACAUUGCGACAUCCAGCCCCAGGGAUGGCUGGGAGUUGCUCAGGCAUCCAGGAAAAGUGGAGAAUGCUGCCACCUGGUGACAUCACAUAGAUCUGGGCAGUGAAUAGGGAUCACCACGCCCUUGUCUAGACACCACCCCUCACCCUCAGCCCCUGCCUCCCAGCACAGCACAAGCCCUGCAAACCCAGAGGAUAUGAAUACUUGAAGUAAGAAGGGUGCACGCCAGUCCUUCUCAGAUACGGCCAGGGGGUGCCAGGCCUUGUGCCCCUGGACUCCUAGCCCUGUCCUGAGCAAGAGGGCCUUUCCCUAGAGCUACUGAGCUGCUUUGUGACAUUGUGGGGAACUGCCAGCAGCAGCAGAGGAGGGAGGGGACCUGGGGUUCUGACCCACCAGGAGGAAAACCAGAUCGGACUAAAAGGAAAGAAAAAUGAAAUCUCAGCAGUGUCCAAACCGUUUUCCAACAGUUGCAAUUGAAAAUGUGAAAUGACAUUGUAUUGCUGUAUACUGCAACUUUAAUCAUAAUGAGCCCUUCUGAGGUCAUUAUUGAGGUUUAUAUAAUGCCCGAAGAUGCAUCCUUUGGUGCUUUGUUUUUCUAUUCAGUUUAAAGACCUUUUUCUUUGAUUACAAGGGAAAAAAUAUGUCUUCAUCUCUCUCUCACCUUGUCCCUCUGUCACAACAGGCCUGGCUGUGCUGCCUAGCUCCUCUGUGCUCAAGAGGAAGCGGGAGGGGGGCACCCCUGAGCAGCAGGGGUGCUGUCUGCCUUGGGGGUUCCCUCCACCCAGCAGACUUUAGUCGGUCCAACCCCCAGCCUGGCUCCAAAGAUUUCUCUCUUCCUCUCUUCUCCCUCUUGACGAAGGCAUUAUAUAGAAUCGUUGUAAUCACUUUCAGAUGUUAGAGCAGCAUAUUUUACUGGCAUUUGUAUCCAUCGCUUUCCUCAGCAAGGCAUGAUACUACUUUCAUCAUCUUAAGGAAAAAAGACAAGGGAAUUUCAGUCGAGCAUUAUUUUCAUAUUACUAGUACUUGCAGAGUAGGCGUAGACCUAUUUAAGUUUAGAUUUUGGUUUGGUAGUUUGUUUUGUUUUUAAGGGGCAAAAAAAAAAAAAAAAAAGAAAGAACCCCUACUUUUCCUGUUUUGUAUUUAACUAAUAUAUUAUUUCUUUAAGGUUACUCACUUCCCCUACCCCUUUCAAAUACUUUGCAUUCUCAAUUGAAAAUGAAAAGAAUCUGAGAGACAGGAAAAGUGCAAUAUUACCAAGAGGGGUGCUAGGGCUUAUGUGGUGCAGUGGAGGAAGACCCAUGGCCCAGUCUGCGGAGUCGUGUGGAGCUGACAGGUGGGCCUUGGGGUUGGAUGUGUAGCCCGCUCCCUCUCCUGCUUCCUUGGCAAGAUGGUAGGGGUUCCCGCCAGAGGGCAGCUCCUUUCACUAUGGGGCAUCAACCACCCAGAAGAAAGGGGUUCAGAGAAGAGGCGUGGGGGCUCUUGACCUCCUGGGCCCCGUCUCCAGAGCAAGGUGAGGACAUCCAGGAACUGCUCCUUGUUUUCAUUUCCAUUGUUCUGCAGCCAGCUGCUCAGAGAGACCUGUCCUAAAAAUGACUUCCUGCAGCCCUCUACCCCCUCUCCUGCCCCCAGUCUCCCGAUGUUUGGGCUAUGAUCCUUUGGAUGUAUGGCCAAAUCUUUCUAAAACUAUGAAACCUCAGUUCAGUUAAUGGGCAGGAACCCUGGGUGUAACCAAACCCACCCAGAGGGUGUGGGCACUGAAGCCUACCCCAGUGAGACGGAAUUGCCGCAGACCUGCAGCAGGGCCCCGCGCUGAGCCUGGCUGCCCAUUCAUCUCGAGGCCUUCAGCCCGAGCAGCGAGCCCUGCCUCUGCUCCACACCCAGUCUGCAGGAGUUCUCGGAAAAGACUCAGAGAACUGACUCAGGUCUCUGCAGACAGAAGCCCCACAACAGGUACCAAGCCGGAUCCUCCUUCCUUGGUGCUGAUAGAGAAAGGGCAGGCUGGGGGUCUCCUGGGGUCCAGACCAGGAGCUUGUCCCUUAGGGCAGCAGGCAUGCCCUUGCUAGUUUGUCCCUGCCACCUCCAGUACUGUAUGCUUGCUGCUCCAGCCCCAAAUUUGGUGAAUUUCUGUACAGACAUGGAUCUCUGUGUCCAGUGUGGGACUCAAGCCCCUGUGUGGGUCUCUCCCUUGGAGCGACACAUCCACAUAGCCAAUCUUUGAGAAUCUCAAUGCAGAGCUCUCUGGAAAGAGAAUUGUUCACAUCACUAAAGAACUACAUUUCCCUCACUUUUUUGAGGGUUACGAGUUGAGUGUGUGUGCACACGCACGUGCACAUGCCUGUAUGCGUGGGAGCAUUGGUCAAUUCCCACUUGAACUAAUAACAUGGGGUUAGAGAAGAAAAACAUACCGGGCACACUGUCUCCACUGAACAAGUCCUUGGCAUUGGGCAGGUCCCAAGGGACUCUCAGCUUCUGGCAUCAAGGCUGUGUGUCAUUCAUACACACGAUUUUGGCUGGAGAGUGCAAUGCAUUUUUUUUUUUUUUUUUGUAAUAAUUUUAUUAUUUAGUUGGAAACUUCACACUGGCAUUUACAGGUCUAGCAGAAGCAACCUAGGCCAUCGUCCCGGGCUCUGAAUGAAGAUGUGGACAGGAGAUACCAUUAGGCGUGGAAGUGCUGAGGCAGUGCCAUUAGGUCACUGACCCGCAGAUGAGUCACCUCGCAGGCUCCCACCUCUCACCCUGAGGAUCCCUGUCUGAUACAAGCACUGCUGACCCUCUGGUUCUCUGAGGGCGGGUGGAUGGGCAGGAUGAGAACUGACUCGGUGCGAGACCGUGCAUGCGGACACUGACCGAACCUUUCAGGAAAGCGUGGAGGGCUCCCCUGGACCUGACCGAGCUUUUUGGCUAAAUCUUCACAGUUUGGGGCAGUGUCAUUUCUCUGUGGUUCCCAAGCUCCGUGAUCAGAACCAGUGAGAAGGCAGGGUCUUACAGCCUUAGGGAAAAAAUAGCCCCAGGUUUUAACUUCCCUCCAGCUUUGUCCUGCACGCCUGGAAUCCCCAGGCCACAAGACAGCAGGAUGGUGCUUAGAGACUGGGUCAAGGGUUCUACCUUCCAAGGCCUUGGUCCCAACCUACCAGCAAGGCCAGGAUUAGCAUGUGAUCCUCCUUGCCCUAUUCUAUCUAAAUCUCAUGUAUGCACUUGACCUUGACAAUCAGCACCCUCUCCCUUCCCAGUCCUUGAACUUAGUGGCCUUAGAGAGUGGGGUCCCCUGUGCUGGAUGCCCCUGCCUUGCUCCCAGUUCCACCCUGGCCAGUGGGCUGGGCUUCAAGGUAUGUGAGAGAGAAGCGGUUCAGAGAAAAAGGUUGAUCGAGCAUGUUGGAAGCAAGUGAGAGGCACGUUGGCGAGAGCGUGUGCGUGUUUGGGGUGACCGGGGCUUCCCGUCCCUUCACCGGGAAGGAAGCUUCCCAGAGAGGGUGUCUUCCAGACAGAAGGAGGUGUAGGAGGGCUUGGAGGUUUGUUUUGUCUUUAUUUAUUGGAAGUGAGGAAGAGGUGGAUGCUGAGUGUUUCAGGAGGAAGAGAGCAGGUAGACAGGAAGCUUCGUGAUUCAACACACAAGGGUCCAGUCAGCUGGAGGUGGGACAAUCCUCCAAACCUAGCCAUAGAAGAAGCUGGCCAGAGGAGACUGCUAUUCACUGGGCCACAAGCCAGGUCUCAGGGAACGGUCAUUGAUUUACUCAGUGGGGAAGGGGUGCUGCAAGCUGUUUCCAAAAGAGUUAUAUCCAUUUCCCAGGAUCCCGGCUGAGACUGUCCACUGCCCUUUGCUGAUUCCAAAGCCAGUCUCUCAGACUGUACAGAUCAAUCAUAACAGUGACCAUGACGGGCCACGCAACAGGGAUCCACCAUCCCCAAACUGGACUCCACCAGGCCUACCUGGGAGUAAGGUGACCUCACUGGUCUUUUGUUGAUACCAGUUAUUCCCAGGGCUCUCUUGUCACCUGUGGUGGUUCCAUUUGCAGAGUCUGCCUCCCUGGUGUGAAUCAGGCCAGGUGAGAAUCACACCCACCCAUGGAUAUGCUCUUCCAUUUUUUAGUGGCUUCUAACCAGGGCACACUGUUCUUAAGAGUUUAUUUGAAAGAAGGGUAAACAUCCACCAUUCUUGCAUUUACAGCUGUUCUCCGCAACAGGUUUUCUCUAAAUCCAGCAUGCCAGAUGGGGAAUGGGUGUUCCUGCCAGGUACUGACAGGUCUGUAGGAAGGUGACUUCUGAGCAUGACAGAUGUGAGUGGCCAUCCCUGAACCGUGGUUGCAUGGUCGGAAGUGAAACGGUGGAUGUCACUGGGCUCCAGAAAUGCUAAGAACUCCUUGUGGUAUCCACCCACCCCCACCCAGCUUAGUGGGCUCCAUGGGGUCAGGAGGAGCCCUUCCUCUGGGUUUUUCCCCUCUUCCCUCCCCCUCAGCAGAGAAACUGGAGAAAAGGACAUUAAGUGCAGUACAGUCAGUGUGAGUGCUAAAAUAUUCCCAGGAUCAAUGGUGGUGCUAAACUAUCUCCAUGUUUCUGAUAUUUUUAAUAGUUUUUUUUUUUUUUUUUAAAUCUCAUCACAAAAAUGCAGUGUCCUUGGGGAAGGGACCCAGCCCCUUGGCCUGCCACUUUCCAGGUGUCCUUUAUCACUUUGACGGGACUCUUCAGUCUGCAGAAAUGCUAUGUCUUGGCAUGCUUCUAGACUGUAAGAUUUGGGUUGUUUUGUUUUGUAUUUUGUUUAUGUUUACAUGCAUCUUGUAUUUCCCUAAAAACUAAAUAAAGUUUUUGGCCUUUUUA